AUGCCCCCGGGGAACUGCUACAACAGAGAUUGCGAACACAUCGCUCUUCUUUGCGUCAGUGCAAUGAUAAUGAUUAGUUAUCAGAUUGAUAACCUAUCAUCUACACUCCCUUAUAAAAGCUGUAUCCAGAUACAAAAUGGUGUAAAUGCGACUCUACCACCAAACGAUGUUGAUGAUGGAUUCGAUGGUAACAAGUUAGAGAUUCAGAGCUACAACGGUAGACGAUCGGGUAGUGCUACCAACACGCACAGCUGUGGCUACAAGUAUACAGAGGCAUAUGGUAUCCCUGUUAUCAGUUCCAGUCGAGUAAGUGACAGUGCUCUUCAAAGGGCCUGCUGCGUCAUUAGAUUCCUAUUGGCUGAUCGCUAUGACGUAAGGAACGCUUUCUUCAGGAGCGCUGGGCGAGUUGCAUUGAUAGGUACUAGUGAAGGAACAACGGACAUUCCAGAACACAGUUACUUGCCCAAAUCCUGGGAUCAGCGAGCCAGGGGCCUGGGUGGCACUCCAUCAAGGCCUGCAUCUACAGCGGGAGAGGAGAACGCAUUGUGUCUUCCGAACGAUAGAUACCGCAGUGAAGAUAUUAAUCUCCAUGAGUAUGUACAUGGCGUUCAUCUUAUUGGCGCAAAUCUGGCAAUUCCUGGAUUCAUGAGCCGGCUAACGUCUUUGUAUAAUUCCGCAAAAGCAGCAGGGAAGUGGGCAAGAACUUACUCAAUGAGUACUGUGCAGGAAUACUGGGCAGAGGGAUGCCAGAGCUACUUCAAUGUCAACCGACAUUCUAAUGUCCCGGAUGGAAUUCAGGGCCCAAUCAGCAACAGGAAUGCGCUCAGGGGCUACGAUCCUCCUCUGUACAACAUCAUCCGGGAAGUGUUUCCUUGUGAUAAUGAGUACAUAAAGAGAUGCACCAAGAGCAGAAGUGGGGAGGCAAAUCAAAACCUACGUAUGAAUUGCAGAGGCGGUGGUGGAGGGCCUAUUACAAGCAGACCAACCUAUCGGACAGUUCGUCCCACUAGGCCCGUAGUGAGACCAACGCAGCCACCGUCUGGAUGCAAUGACAACAGUAUAUUCUGUUCGACAUGGCGUCAAAAAGGCUAUUGUCACUUCAUUGAGAUGGUCAGAAAUAGUUGUCCAAAUACGUGCAACCUUUGUAACGUUGGUGGUACGGGCGGCUCUGGUGGGACAGGAGGAAGUCGAUGUAUUGAUGAGAAUGUCAAUUGUGCGUCUUGGGCCUCGAGGGGCGAGUGCAGCAAGAACCAAGGCUACAUGUUGCAGAAAUGCAAGAAAAGUUGCAAUGUAUCAUGUUAAAAUUAACUUCGAAGAAAUACAAUACUUUGAAUCACAAAAGUAUGGUUUUAACAAAUUAACUUAGAA